AUGUCAAAUGCUACAUUUAUUACUGAAUUUGUUCUUCUGGGAUUUUCUGAAUUAUAUGAAGUGGACCUGGGAUUUUAUACUCUCCUACUUUUGAUGUACCUUCUGUCAAUUGUAGGACAUUCCUUAAUCAUCAUAGUGGUUUCCAUGGAAUCUAAGCUCCAUACUCCAAUGUAUUUCUUCCUCCUCAACUUUUCCAUGGCUGAGAUUUCUUCCACAACAUCAGAGAUACCAAAGAUGUUAGUCAAUAGCUUCUCUGGCAAAAACACCAUCUGCUUUGCAUGUUGCAUGGCCCAAGGUUUUGUGGUCUUCACAAUGGGAGCUGUGGAGUUCAUCACCCUCAUGAUCAUGUCUUUUGACCGCUAUGUGGCCAUCUGCAAACCUUUGCAUUAUCAAACCAUUAUGACUAGUGGACUCUGUAUCAAACUGUCUUUGCUGGCAUGGAUUGGUGGGUUUGGACUCAUAUUUCCUCAGUCAGUCAUGGUGUGGACGUACCCCUAUUGUGCGCACAAUCUCAUUGAUCAUUUCUUUUGUGAUGUUGGUCCAGUUUUGCAGUUGGCUUGUGCUGACACAACUAUUAUUGAAUUUGUAGGACUCAUAUAUGGAGCCGCUAUCAUGUGGGGUUCUUUUGGAUUUUCCCUGAUUUCAUAUGUCUGCAUUAUAUUUACUAUAACUCAGAUCCCUUCUGCCACUGGGCGCUCCAAAGCCUUUUUCACCUGUGCCUCCCAUCUUACUGUUGUAACUAUUUUUUAUACAGUGCUGAUGAUUAUGUACUUGAGGCCUUCAACUCAUGGAUACAGCCAACUUAACAAAAUAUUGUCUCUUUUCCAUACGAGUUUCAUACCCAUGUUAAACCCUUUCAUUUACACAAUCCGGAACAGUGACUUCAAAACAGCUCUGUGGAAAGCAACAACAAAAAUGAAGAGGAGAUGCUAA